AUCCGCUUCCGGGGCCACGGCCGAAGUGAAACGCUCGGCUGGUCGGCCUUGCUCUCGAUAUCGACCCCCGCAAACUUUACUCCUUAAUAAUCGGCUACGUCCGUUUCGUUGUCGGUAUCGGUCUUCAGCAACCAUGCUGGAACACCUGAGUUCGCUGCCCACCCAGAUGGAUUACAAGGGGCAGAAACUAGCUGAACAGAUGUUUCAGGGGAUCAUUCUUUUUUCUGCAAUAGUUGGGUUUAUCUACGGGUACGUGGCUGAACAGUUUGGGUGGACUGUCUACAUAGUUAUGGCCGGAUUUGCUUUCUCCUGUUUGCUGACACUUCCUCCAUGGCCUAUCUACCGCCGCCAUCCCCUAAAGUGGUUACCUGUUCAAGACUUAGGCACAGAAGACAAGAAAUCAGGGGACAGAAAAAUUAAGAGGCAUGCUAAAAAUAACUGAUUGGGACUUUCAUGAUUCAGCACCUGCUUUUGUUUCCUGUGAGAUGAGCUGAAUUGCUUUCAUAAGCAAAACAUGAGCUUAAACCGCCUAUGUUCUUAUAGCACAGCUGUGUCGAGAUCUAAUUGUCAUGGCUUCAUUUCUAAUCCAAAUGUAUUUUAAGUUAUGACUAUUUUAUACCAUCUCUUCAUAAGCUUGUUAUGGAGAACAGGAGAUACAAGUAUGCAAUGCUUCUUUCCCGUGUGUAUAAUGAAUAAACACUUCAUAACUUGUA